AUGGCUGAUGACGAUCGCCGUAAGCGCUCCCGUUUCGAUCAGACGGAGCCAGAGCCCCGACGCCCGUCGCGUUUCGACCGCCGUUCUCGAUCUCCCUCGUCUCGACAAUCUGAUACCACUCGCACUCGCAGCCCUCUAAGCCGUGAACCUGGAAGCCCUGGCACAGACACAGGAAGGAAAUCCACAGGUGACCCUGCUGCUGCCGCAGCUGCCGCGGCGGCCAAGAUCAAUGCCCAGUUGCAGGCAAAGAAGGGUAUUCAGCAUGUCGAUGUGCCUCCAAUUCGCUCGACGUCGAGUCCCGCACCGCAAUCCGCCACGCCGUCGAACACUGAUGCUUCCGGAAAGCUGAAUGCCGAAAUUUACGUUGCUGACGGAGACUAUAUCAAGGACAUCGAGAUCAAUGACUUGCGCAAUCGCUACACUCUCACAAAAGGGUCUACUCAGAAGAUGAUUAAAGAUGAAACUGGCGCGGAUGUCACGACCCGAGGCAAUUAUUAUCCGGAUAAAAGCAUGGCUACUGCCGCGAAUCCUCCGCUGUUCCUUCAUGUGACGAGUACGAACAAGGACGGUCUCGAGAAGGCCGUUGAACUCAUCAAUGAUCUCAUGCAGAAGGAACUCCCAAACCUGGUCGAUGAACGACGAUUCCGUCGACGUGAGCCACCGGAGCCAGUGGAACGUGAUGAAUAUGGCCGUCGCAAAUGGCCCGAAGAGCGCAUUCCUGUUGACCUAGAACCGAUUCCGGGAUUCAACCUUCGUGCCCAAGUAGUCGGGCAGGGCGGUGCUUAUGUGAAGCAUAUUCAGCAAAGAACCCGCUGCAAGGUCCAAAUUAAGGGCCGCGGAUCUGGCUUCAUUGAGCACAAUACCGGCAGGGAAAGCGACGAGCCGAUGUAUCUGCACGUGGCUGGACCCGACCCCAACGAUGUCAAGACUGCAAAAGAGCUCUGUGAUGACUUGCUCGCCAACGUCCGUGAACAGUACCAACGGUUCAAAGAGAACCCGCCCCAACACAAUUACGGUGGUGGCUACGGCCAGCGAGGAGAUCGUCACCAUGGUGGACAUGGUGGAUACGGCGGUGGUGGUUAUGGCGGCUACAACAACCAUCACCAGCAACAUUAUUCGCCAGCAACGGAAAGCCCAUCCGGACAGGCAACCCCUGCAGCGUCUACUGCCGGUGCUGGCGCCGGUGCUGCUGCCAGCGCAGCUGACUACAGUGCGCAAUACGCCCAGUACUACGGAACCGAUCCGUACGCUGCAUACGGUGGUUACCAGAACUAUGUCGCCUAUUAUCAAUAUUACCAACAGUAUGCUCAGCAGCAACAAGAACAGCAGCAGCAGCAGCAGUCGCAGAGUUCUACUCCACAGCCACCACCGCCAUCUGGCGAAGCUCCCCCGCCCCCACCGCCGGGCUCUGGUUCUCCCCCUCCGCCUCCGCCUGGCGGUAGCGGCUACAGCGCUGUUCCUCCGCCUCCAGGUCUGUAA